CUUCAAGUGGCUAUUUGGGAACUUCUUCAAGCAGGAAGAAACCAAAAAUCUCCUCGCCCUCACAGAUGUCUUCAACGCUCCGCAAGAUCCAGCUCUUGACUACCGUCGGGCAGCCACAAAGUCCGGAGUGGAAGUUGCAAUGGCUAUGGUGAUGGCACAUGAAGUCGUCGACUGGGAUAUGGUUAGCUCAUCCUUGCCCAGUGAUGCUGCUGGCGAGCCGAAGCCCUUGGUGUCUUUCUUGAAGAAGUCAAAAUCAUUCUCCAAGCAAGUGAUUCCCCUGGUGCAUCCGACGAGCGCUCCACCCAAGGAUUCUUCAGGCGCGGCUCCAUCUUCUAGCACUACUCCUCUCGAGACCAAUCUUGCUAAGUCCCUUAUCCUGAUUUCAAUUGAAAAUCCCUUGAAUCAAGAAGCACCAUACCAAGAGCCCAACUCACCCAGAACUUCUGAUGCCGAAGAACAUCGCAUUAAACCUUCUUUGUAUGCCAAGCAAGCUGUCCAUAUCAAAGAAUUACAAGCUGAACUUUCAGCGGCAAACGACUUUGUUACUGAUGCUUUGUCGAAGUUCAGGCAAGUAGAACAUCGGGAAAAUUAUUUGCUUGAUCGUAUUGACGGGGCGAGCAAUGAUAUGCAAUGUAUUUGAGGCCCGAACCACUACCUUUCUUUGCAUAAAAAUGUUGAAUACC